GGCUUGAACUUCACUGGUUCAGCUGCGGAUAAGAGAGAGAGAGAGAGAGAGAGACAUGGCAAUUCGUAUAGAGAAGUUCUACUUCUCCUAUUUGAAGCAUGAGAAGAAGACUAAGCUACAAGGCACUACAAAACCGUUCUUCACUCGGGUUUUUAGGCUACAGGCGACUGCAAUUUCCGGUGGUGGCCGGGAACUCAUACAAUCCGGCACCGUCCGAGCUAUACCGCCGAAGGAGGCUAGUGCAGCAAUUGAUUCUGAAGGUUGGAAACUCCUUGAUAUCAGACCAGUGUGGGAGAGGGAGAAGGCAUUGGUAUCAGGUUCAUUACAUGUCCCACUCUUUGUGAAAGAAAUGGACAAUAGUCCCCUCACCCUUCUAAAAAAAUGGGUUCACUUCGGCUAUAUUGGGCUGUGGGCCGGCCAAUAUCUCACAGCAAUCAACCCUGAAUUUCUCCGGCAGGUUGAGGUGGCAGUUCCUGACAAGGAGAGUAAGCUUCUUGUUGCCUGUGGUGAAGGGCUAAGAUCGAUGAUGGCAGUCACAAGAUUAUACGAAGGAGGAUACCAGAACUUGGGAUGGCUUGCCGGAGGGUUCAACCGUGCUGGAGAUGAUGAUUUUCCGGCAGUAGAAGGGAUGGGAAAGCUACAAUAUGCCACAAUAGGAGGGGUAUCCUACUACUUCCUCCAAUUACUUAUACUGUUACAGGAUGUGGGGGAAAAAAAAAAUCUUUGAGCUGAUAGUGGAGCGUAAACUAGCAUUUUCUCUUCUUAUCCAUGUUUGCAUGAAAUGAUUUUACGCGUUGCUUCCUAUGUAAGAAAUCGUUACACUCUUUAUUGGUGUGCUCUUUAUGCUGUUUACAAAGAAGCAUCUUUCUUUCU